UCCCAGGCCAUGGCUGGAGCGUAGCCCCUCCCCCACCGGACCGGACCCUCGGACACAUCCACGGACACCCCGUUGUCACCCCGUUGUCACCCCAGGGGACAGCGGUGACGCGGGUGUCACACUGCCCCGCCCAGUCCGUCAAGCCCCGCAUCGACGCUCGGGAGCAGCUCCCGAGGGACAAGCUCAACCCCCCCACGCCCAGCAUCUACCUGGAGAGCAAGCGCGACGCCUUCUCGCCCGUCCUGCUGCAGUUCUGCACUGACCCCAAGAACCCCAUCACCGUCAUCCGGGGGCUGGCGGGGUCCCUGCGCCUCAGAGUCCCUGCAGGCGCCAAGUACACCCAGUACCAGGUGUGCUCCUUCCAGGAGUCCCUGCAGGAGGACAAGGACAGCGAGGAUGAGGAGGCCGAGGAGCCCGACAGCACCACCGAGACCCCGCCCAGCCCCCUCUACAUGAAAGUCCCCGGCAGCCGCACCCCCGGCCACCAGGAGAACAACAACUUCUGCUCGGUGAACAUCAACAUCGGCCCCGGAGACUGCGAGUGGUUCGCGGUGCACGAGCACUACUGGGAAACCAUCUCCGCCUUCUGCGACAGGCACGGCGUGGACUACCUGACGGGCUCGUGGUGGCCCAUCCUGGAGGACCUGUACCGCUCCAACAUCCCGGUGUACCGGUUCGUGCAGCGCCCCGGCGACCUGGUGUGGAUCAACGCCGGCACCGUGCACUGGGUGCAGGCCACGGGCUGGUGCAACAACAUCGCCUGGAACGUGGGGCCGCUGACCGCGUACCAGUACCAGCUGGCCCUGGAGCGCUACGAGUGGAACGAGGUGAAGAACGUCAAGUCCAUCGUGCCCAUGAUCCACGUGUCCUGGAACGUGGCCAGGACCGUCAAGAUCAGCGACCCCGACCUCUACAAGAUGAUCAAGUACUGCCUGCUGCAGUCCAUCAAGCACUGCCAGGUGCAGCGCGAGAGCCUCGUGCGGGCGGGCAAGAAAAUCGCGUACCAGGGCCGGGUCAAGGACGAGCCGGCGUACUACUGCAACGAGUGUGACGUGGAGGUGUUCAACAUCCUGUUCGUGACCAGCGAGACGGGCGGGCGCAACACGUACCUGGUGCACUGCGAGGGCUGCGCGCGGCGCCGCGGCGGCGGCCUGGGCGGCGUCAUCGUCCUGGAGCAGUACAAGACCGAGGAGCUGAUGCAGAUCUACGACGGCUUCACCCUGGUGAGGCACCUGGGGGAGCUGGGACACACCUGGGCACAC